AACUACCUGCGAUAGCGAACGGUACCGGUGACCGACACGAUGGGAUCACCAGCAUGCAAGACGCUGUGAAACACGUGAACCCUCCUCCGCCUUAUUAGCGACAACCCCCCCGCCCCGAUCGCGUCCAUCGCGCGGCCCGACGGAAGCUCGUGCAGCACAGAGAGGCUCUGCAUCGUGUUCUGCGAGCGCGGUCUGGGUGGUGUAGUCGGAAGAAGAAGAAGAAGGACGACGGCGGCGAAGAGAGGCGCGAGGGGAUGGUACCGAUAACCACCUUCUUCAUCUUCCUCCUGUCCUUCGUCUCCCUCCUCUCGACGCCGAGCCGGCCGGCGAUCCCGUCCCGCGGCUACGAGGAUCAGAUUCGAGACAUCUCCGUGUUCUCGCCGGUGGGCUUCGGCUUCAUCCACCCGAAUGUCCACUCCUUCCUGUAAACCGGACCGGCGGUGACCGGCGACGGCGGCGGCGGCGGCUGCUUUCGAUGGUAUGGUGACGAACGCGUCGCCGGAAGAGUCCGACCCUGACACGAUUUCGUACCCGACCCGCUUUGCUUUUCCUCGUCUGGGCAUUUCGUGGUGACCCGACAAGUGUGUUUUCGUCCAAUCGGAUUCGGUGUAGGAAUUUAAUUAAAUUUUCGUGGGAGAAUCGAAGUCGGAUACGCCUGCGGGUGGCGUGACGUCUUGCGGUUGCGCUUUCGAUAAAAACGACCGGUACGUAUUGUCGUAAUUUCGCUUGCUCUUGAAGUUCGGAAGGAGGUGGUUGACGAUCGCCGGGGGGGAUCCUCUCGAAUUGCUGGAGGGUGGCGAAGAUGCAUCUAUGGCCGUCGGUGAAGAUCAGAGAAUCGUUCAAGUUCGGCUACUUGCAGAACUACGAGCGGAACCUCCGGCGGAUGAACAGCGAGAAGCAGAGGCUGCUGCGGAGGGAAGGCGGCGGCGACGCCGAAGGGGAGGCGGCUGAAGGAGAGGCCGGCCCGGGUCGUGGGCCUCCGUCGGCGAUCGCUUUGUGGGGCAGAGAUUUGCUGGAGGUUCUUUCUUGCUUCUACUGUUGCUACGCUUUCGAAGAUUGUGCUGAUCAAGAGUGCUGAGGCGCAUCCCUCAGGCGGUUCACCUUUCCACUUCAUGUUUCCAUCUUUCUUUUCCCCUUUUCCCCAUCUUCCUUUUAUUGCAGUUCCUAUAUCUGUAAAUGAUGUAUCGGUGGGGUGAAUUGCUGUGACAGAGAAGUUCCUCUUUCUGGUUGCUCUAGCUGAAUAGUUGUAAAUAGUAUGUGGGGUAGGGUGCAUGUACUAUAACAGAGAAGUUCCUCCUUCUGGUUGCUCUAGCAACAUAGCUGGAAAGGGUUCUCGUUUAACUCCUUGCUUUAUAUUCGGUGAACAUUGGCUUCCUGCGAGGCUGCCCAGAAUCUCUGGUUUUUCCCAUUGGUACCCCUCCUUUUGAUCC